AUGAGACUCUCUCCACAAGCCUUCUUCACGACUCAGCUGUCUCUCCUAGAGGCUGAACAGGCCACGGAAGUAGCGGAGACUACCCUACUAUUGUCUGCUGCAGCCCCAUCAGUUCUCGCACGUGCCGGCCUUGCGAUCACAAAUUUGUCCGUCAAUUCACUUAAGACUGGUCUUGGGGGUCGUACUGUCAUAGAGCUUGGUCUAGAUCCUGCAUAUGCUUCUACUAACCUCAAAAACGGAGAGAAAGGCAUAGCCAGCAAAUCUGAAGGUGCUCUACCUGAACAUGGCAUUCGGACAGGAGAUAUUGUGCGCGUUGGGGAGAUGCCGAAAGGCAGUGCGAGGAAAAAAGAAGUGACUGAUUUGAAGGACAAAGGUAUCGAGGGUGUGGUAACCAGGAUUGGCGAACGUGCAAUUUGGGUCGCAGCUGGAAAAGGAAGUGAUCAAGGCAAUGAUGAGCAGGACGUUGAUACCUUGACGAACUCAAGGUUAUGGGUUGUCAAGCUUGCAAACGAUGUAACCUACAAGAGAAUGAACUGGGCAUUAUCGAAGCUACUCAAAACACCACAGGAAGGAUUCACAAGCCUACAGAGAGUGCUGUUAGGACUCGAUUCACCAUCGAUGCCCGAUCCAUCGGAGCUCACCCAACACCUGGCCUUCACGAACGAUAACCUCAACGAGUCUCAAAAGCAGGCCAUCAAAUUUGCUCUGGCUUCUCCACAAAUAGCCCUGAUACAUGGUCCUCCAGGUACUGGCAAGACUUCUACUAUAGUCGAGCUGGUGUUACAGUUUCUCAAGAAAGGCGAAAGAGUACUCGUUUGUGGCCCAAGCAAUAUCAGUGUUGAUAACAUUGUCGAAAGGAUUGUAGCCUCCUCGCCAGCAACGCCGAUUGUCCGCAUGGGGCAUCCAGCUCGAUUAUUACCAAGCGUGCUUGACCAUUCUCUCGAGGUUCUAACACGAACAAGUGAGGCAGGUGCAAUCGUCAAGGACAUUAGGGAAGAGAUAGACCAGAAAAUUGCCAGCACAAAGAAAGCAAAAGGUGGCAAGGAGCGUAAGACAAUAUGGCAAGAGAUCAAUGCUGGAAGGUCGCAAGGCAAAGGUGGGUUCGAUAUUAUUGUGAUUGAUGAGGCUGGCCAAGGCCUUGAAGCCGGAUGCUGGGUGCCAAUCGUUACUGCUGCUGAGAGUGUAAAGAAACUGGUCUUGGCUGGCGACCACUUGCAGCUACCACCAACUGUAAAAAGUUCUGGCAAGCAGGAGACCUACAAAGACGAUGCAGCGGAAAGGCUCAAGGCUCUUGAGCUAGAACUGGAAAAGCUAUCGCUGAAACAAACGGAGAUCAAGACGGCGAAGAAGUGGGACCUAGAAUACACUAUGUUCGAUCGAUUACUGAACGAACACGGCGAAGGUAUAAAACGACUGCUCAACACUCAAUAUCGGAUGCACGAGACAAUUAUGCGGUUCCCGAGCGACCAAUUAUAUGGUGGUAAGCUUCUCGCGGCAGAAAGUGUCAAAGCUCGUUUACUGAAAGAUCUCGAAUAUGGGGUCGAAGACACAGAAGAUACACGAGAGUCGCUGGUAUACUACGACACACAAGGAGGUGACUUUCCCGAAAACAACGAAGAUACCUCUACACCAAAGAAAUCGGUACUUCUAGGAGACAGCAAAAGCAACGAGUCAGAAGCAGCAGUAAUCAAGUUGCAUCUCCAGAAGCUAGUAGCUGCUGGUGUUAGAGUAGAGGACAUUGCUGUCAUUACUCCCUACAAUGCACAACUUGCGAUUCUCCAAGGAAUGCUGCGUGAGCAAUACCCCGGGCUUGAACUAGGCAGUGUCGAUGGUUUCCAAGGACGAGAGAAGGAAGCUAUCAUUGUCAGCUUGGUUAGAAGCAAUGAUGAGCGAGAGGUCGGCUUCUUGGGAGAAAAGCGACGCUUGAAUGUGGCAAUGACCCGUCCGAAACGUCACUUGUGCGUGGUUGGCGAUUCAGAAACAGUAGGUCAUGGCAGCGCCUUCCUCAAGAAUUGGAUGAAGUUCUUGGAGGAACACGCCGACCUGAGAUAUCCAACUUUGGACGACUUGUACUGA